AUGGUGUCUGUUUCACUUGCCUUAGUCGAAGGAUGGCUCCCUUUUGUCGCUAUUCUCCUGUUUAUCCUGGUAUUUUCAACAAUUUACGUGCGACAUUUCAUGAGUAAAUAUGACAGUGAAUGCAGCUCCACCUUAGCAGCUGUUCUUGGUUUAAGCACUGCCCUUGUCACUUCAUCAUUGGUACCUGUUGAUAUCUUCCUUGUUUCAUACAUGAAAGACAGUUCUGGAAAUUUCCGAGAAUGGGCCAAUAAUUCUUCCAUCAGAGACAUGGUUGAACAGUCUGUAUUAAUUAGUUACUAUGUUCUGUAUGGCCUUAUGACAUUCUUUUUCUUCCUGUUCUUGCCAUUCAUGUACUUUUUCUUUGAAGAAAAAGAUGAUGUGGAACAACCUUCUACUGCCUCAAGAUGCUGUGGUGCCUUGAAAUACACCAUUGUCUUUGUUUUCAUUGCUUCGGUGUUACUAAUCCUUGGUGCAUUCCUACCCAAGCGUGACAUUGUACCUUCUAAUGAGACUGAUUGGCAGAAAAUUGAUGACCUCUUUAAAAGUUUGGGAGACAACCGUGGCGAAGAUGCUCUCUCAUUCUUGAUUAGCACCCUUAGUCUUAUUGGGAUGCUUGCAAUCAUCACUUACACAUCAUAUGGUAUGUCUGCAAUGCCAAUCAGACUCAUCCAGGGUUAUCGAAGCAUCUCUCAUGAAAGAAAUACUGCUGCCCAAGUAAGAGUUAAUGCUACUGAAAGAAUCCAGGCAAUCAAAGACAGAUAUACUGGCCGUAGAACCAUGUCAUCACGGGACAGAACUAGAAUAGCAGAACUAGAGGAGAACCGACGUUUUGUGGAGCGCCAGGAACGCCAUCUUGCUGAGGAGCAGAACAGCUGUCUUCGCAAAUGUCUUCUGGUGUUCCGACCAUUUGAAAUCUUCAUUGGCUGCUUUUUCUUGCUGAUUGCCCUCCUCAUCUUCCUAUCUCUCUUGCUCACAAACAUUGACAAAGCCAUGAACAGCCUUGGUUUCAAGAUGGGAUAUGCUCUGCCUAAACGUACCCUUCCAAAUCCAAUUGAUAUGGUUUUGGUAUUCAGCCAAAAGGCUUAUCCCCUUGAUUACAUCAUCAUGGUGUUCAUCAUCAUUUAUUUGGUUUUCUGCUCUAUUUCUGGCAUUCGAAAUCUCGGCAUCUGGUUCUUCUGUGUCAGGCUGUACAAAAUCAGACCCCAUCGUACAAAUCCCCAGGGGAUGCUUAUGUUGAGCAUGAUAAUGAUGCUGAUUGUGGUGGCCAUCAACAUUGUUCUGUUUGAAUUGACACCUCAGUAUUCGUCAUUUGGCAGUGAACUCUAUUUGAAUACAACUGUAAACCUUGAUGCAAAUGGUACUGUAACCAAACACCUUUACCCUUGUGAUGUGUCUGCUUCUUCAGAUCAGUGUGUCAUUACCAGAAUGGCUAUGCUUUUGACUAGAUUCUUUUAUAAGAUGUGGUUCUUUGGUGCUGCUUAUUACUGGUCGUCUUGGUUGUUUUUAGCGUUGAUCCCCAUUGGAUUCAUUGCUGUUGUUGUUCGUCGUCGUAGAUCAGCAAUUGAAGGUGCUCAGAUUAUUGCUGACUGUUGCUUUUGUAUUGUUCUACAUCAUUCCACCGGAAUUUCUCUUUUCUUGCUUUCUCCCUUCCUCCUUUUUAAACUGAUCCAAACUACAUUUUGGCAUUAUGCUGAUGAAGAAGAAGAAAAGACUUUUAGUGAUUGUUCAUCUACCACUGAAUCUUGGAGACUGUGUGUCAACUACAGAAUAUCCGAAGAAAUGUUGUCUAAGAAUUGUGCAGCAUUUGAUUACCCCUCCCCGCCUCUGCUUAAAAAGAAAUGA